AUGUGUGAAGUAAUUCUCCUCUUCGGACCAUGGCUUCCUUUGUGCUUCGAGAGUUCAGUCGAUCCGGUCUUGUGUCAGGUGCCAAUCAAACUCGCUACCACCACCAUGUCGCUGUUAGUGGACAAGUACCGACCGAAGAAACUCGAGGAGUUGGAUUAUCAUCAGGGAUUGUCCGAUCGGAUUCGUGCGUUAGCAAAGACGGCCGACUUCCCCCACUGUCUAUUCUACGGCCCAAGCGGUGCCGGGAAAAAGACCCGAAUUGCUGCUACACUAACCGAACUUUUCGGACCUGGGGCGCAGAAAUUAAGGAUCGAUCAAAAAGUCUUUGUAACACCAUCACGGCGUCGAUUAGAUGUCCAAGUGGUACAGUCGAACUACCAUCUCGAACUGACACCAUCAGAUGUCGGGCAAUGGGACCGGAGCGUGGUCCAGGACGUUUUGAAGGAAGUCGGACAAAGUGCCCAACUCGAUAGCGGGGCCACUCAGCGAUUCAAAGUAGUCGUCAUUCACGGGGCGGAUGAACUUACAAACGAUGCGCAGGCUGCUCUGCGGCGUACAAUGGAGCGCCAUACCUCAACCAUGCGCUUGAUUCUCUGUGCCAAUUCCACUGCUAAAAUAAUCGGCCCGAUCCGAAGUCGUUGUCUGCUACUUCGAGUAGGAGCCCCCAAUCCAGAACAAAUUGCUCAGGUUUUGAAUAAUGUAUCUAAUAAAGCUUUGUUUGCAACCAGUUUACCGGAUGAAACUGCGAUGGCCAUUGCCUUGUCUUCGAACGGUAACCUGAGGAGGGCUCUUUUAACAUUGGAUGCGGUUCGAGCACAAGAUGAGACAUUUUCCAAGAGUCGCGCGUCUCCCGAUAGUAUCCCUCGACCUGAUUGGGAAGUUUACAUUGAUAAACUGGCCGGCGUGAUCGCGAAGGAACAGUCGCCGGAUAAGUUAUUGGAGGCCCGGGCAAUGCUUUAUGAACUCCUCGUGCACCUCAUUCCUCCUUCAGUUGUCAUCGUCCAGCUUGCGAAGGGUUUGUUAACUCGAGUCGAUGACGCUCUCAGACCUGAGAUCAUCCAUUGGGCCGCUUGGUACGAACACCGACUCAGAUUAGGCAAUAAGCCCAUCUUCCACCUUGAAGCUUUCGUGGCGAAGGUGAUGUCACUUUACAAAAAUUACAGUAUUGGAUUGCAUGAUUUUAUAUAA